CUUUAGGACUCCGUGGGCAGCACAUGACGUAAGACAACAACAGGAAGACGGAACUCACGUUGCUGGCGAUGGCUCAGCAGGCAACGGCGGGGCGGCGCUACCUGCGAGCGUUUGUUAGCGGCUUCUUCGUCGCCGUUCCCGUCACGGUCACCGUCCUCGACCGGUUCGCCUACGUGGCGCGAGUGGAGGGAGCAUCGAUGCAGCCGUUCCUGAACCCAGAUGGGGGGUCGGAGUGUGACGUGGUCCUGCUGAACCGCUGGAGCGUGAGGAACUACCAGGUCCAGCGAGGCGACAUCGUCUCCGUCUUGUCGCCCAAGAAUCCCCAGCAGAAGAUCAUCAAGCGGGUCAUUGGCCUGGAGGGAGACUUCAUCAGGACUCUGGGCUACAAGAAUCGAUAUGUUCGAGUCCCUGAUGGUCACUUCUGGAUCGAGGGGGAUCAUCACGGACACAGUCUGGACAGCAACAGCUUCGGACCGGUGUCUGUGGGGCUGCUUCAUGGUCGGGCCUCUCACAUCAUCUGGCCACCUAAUCGAUGGCAGCGAAUCAGACCGGCCCUCCCCCCAAACCGAGGACCGCUGGACACUGAUGAAGAGGAGUGAAGACACACACUAACACACAUGAAGUUUUUAUAUCUGUGAUUAUGUCGAUUUGACUGAAAUGACGUGUCUGUUAGCUGCAGCGUUGCAGCUGUAUGAAUACAUUCAAAUACACUGUAUCACAUUUUUAUAUAAAUAUUCAGAAGGAGA